CCCCGAUAACCCUCACACAGCAUCUCCUCGAACAGGAUAACGUUCUGCCAAGGUGACAAUCGCUUCUGUACCCCCCGGCUGGUAUCUUAAUCGCAAUACCUCGACCCCCCUUGGAUCUUUGCGUGACUGCACCAAAUCGCAACACUCGGGCUAGUUUAGUUCCCCUGUCCAUCCCCUGUGUGCGUGCACAAGCACUAAAAGGCCAAACUGGGCGGGGAAACGUACACCCAAGGUCGAAUAGCCCUUAUCGUCUUGUCUUGCCUAACCUGCAAUGCUUUGAUACAUAUCGGUACUAGCUAUCAGAUACUUGGACCCCAUACGAGAGACAAUCAACAUGUCUACAGAUGACCCUUUCGCCUUCCUUGGGAACGCCACACCCGAACGGAAACCGACCACAAAGCCGCGAUGGAGAGAAAAGCUGUUUUCAAAAGACAAACAAAAUAAGGGUGCUGUCGGUGGCAGUGGUGGGGGUGGGGGUGCGACCGACCAGCAGAUCGAGUCCUUCCUGGCUCCCGUCCGUUCGAAGUCUAUAUCAUAUGGAGCGUAUGGAGCUCACUCGACAGCUGGGGCUUCGCGAGGACUUCCAACACCACGCUUGGAUGUCUCGCAACGGUGGCAGUCUUCUCAGGGCACUUCCGAGGCUUCUCCCGUUACGAAACCCGCUUCAGCUACUGAGAACUAUCCUCCAGUGAACUUUCCGAGGGCUCCCCGGAAAAAUAGUGCUCGGAAAGGCCUGAGAGUUAGGUUUACUGAGAAGGCGCCUGAGGUGAUCGGUGAAGGUGGCGACGAGUCGGAUGCGCCUACGAUGGUGAUUUCAAAAAACCGCAAUCGCCGACAAAGCCAAAGUUCGAACCAACCGGGAGAUAUAUUGGAUUCCCGUCAACCGACACUCCCCCAGCUUCAACUGGAUACGGCCUUAGGGGACGGUUUGGUAUCACGGCAUCAGCGCACGAACACGCAAGACAAAAUGAAUUCCUCCGCUACCAAGCCAUUAUUCUUGCAAAGUCCCCAGGACGCAGACUUUCUCAUGACACUAAGUCUGGGCCAGUCUGGCUCUCGCUUGUCGUUUCGAGCGUCGCCCGAAUCCAGCUCGUUUGCGCAGCGAGUUCGGGACAGGAUGCAAGCUGAAGAAGGUCGUGCUCUGCAGCAUCGUUUUGAAGAACCCCCAUCGCCGAGCAAUGACAAUAAGGAGGGGCAAAAGCCGGUCCCAGUGGCCCCAGUGGCUCCCGAUAGCCCAAGCUCCGAGUACGAAACUCCCCCAAUUUCAGACGACGAGGCCGAACCCGCAGAGAAUCCUUUCCGAAACCCUGCAAGCCCACCAUCGCGAGGGCCAGUUUUGCCGCCGGUUGAACGCACGUUACCUGCUGGUCUCACACCGGCUAACGUUACGAAAAGCGCUUCACCCCCGAAACAGCAACCAGCCCCCAAGGAUCCUACCAUGGAUAGCCCUGGUCGUCCGAGCAGCAGUAGUAACCGUAAUGCUCUACAAAACCCUCAAUUACCCAAGGUUUCCUUACGGUCUAUUGCUAACCAGUUUGGUGAGGCUGCUUUCUCAGACCUCAAGUCGUUUGUUGCACAACAUGAGAGCCUCAUUUUACAUAAUGCAGAGAGAGAAAAGUCCUUGAUGGAUUAUUCGCUCGCGCAAUGGGUGAGGGCUGCAGUGUGGUGGUUUAUGCGCGGAAAGAAAACGCUUGAGGCGUACGCGCGAUCUCGCCCUUCUAGCUCCGGCUCCAGGCCACAGCAAUCUAAUUCUACGGAAAGCGCGAAACAGGCUGUCGUUGACCUCGGUAAAGCACUGUGGAUAUGUGAAAGCAUUGUUUCAAAACAUCCCGAGUUGAAUCGUUACGGCGCGAUGAGCGUCGACGCCUUGUUGGCAGUGACGAGUACAACAGGAGACAAACAGUUGGCGGACCUCCUGAGCUUGCACCAAACUAUCAUGAAUCAUCUUCGCUCCUUAGCAAUGUCUAUCAAGAGAAAUAAUAUUAUUACUUCAAUCGAGGCAGCGGGUGGUGCAGCAAUCCCGGUGGACACGAGUAUAUGGCUGGAAUAUCCUGCUUUUGCUCCAGAUGUCUCAGCUAUUCUUUCUGGCACCGCCACGAGAUCUAUGCUGGUUGACAAAUCUGGGCAAGGCCAGACUCUGGCACAAACAAUGCCCUUGGGUGACACGAGCCGAUAUUUCAGCUAUGGAAGCAUGUUCGUGAAGGUCAUGGUGAGCUCAAGCGAGGACGGUACUCACCAUGACGAACCCCUGCCGUGUGUAUUGUCCAUUAUCCGUGACCGGGCCGACUGGUACGUGUUUGCCUCAAUUACCAGUCAGAGUGAAUUAGUCAAUGUUAUGAUUCAGUCGGAUAAGAAAAGGGGACCCACCUGGAACGACGUGAACUGGCGCGUCCGGUCGAAUUUCAUGCAAGUGAAGCUUCCUCGUGGGUUCCAAUUGGACGUUAUGUUCCAAGAAGAUGAUUUCAAAAACCUGUGGAACAUUGUGCAAUAUACACAACAAACCGAAGCUAGCCUGCAGCCGAAAUCUGAUGAGACUACAAUCUAUGAAUACACCCUGAAGGUUUUCCAGUACAUGGAUCCAAGUCCAAGUAAGGCGUUUCCUGCAGAACCUAUUGAGCGCUGCCGCGUUCGACUGUUUGAGCGCUCUAUGACUGUGACCGAGGGCACUGGUAGCCGCAAUAUACACCAAGGAUACCGAAUUGCAGUUCUCACAAGUCCAAAGGUCAAGACACUCAGCAACGUAGGCCACACCAUUGGACAUAAUGCACCGAUUGUGUUUGGUCUACUUAGAGGCGAAGAUGGCGCGCCAGCUCUCAUGCUCAAAGUCAAACAGGAUGGCAGGAGCCGGUCCAUGCUAAUGACGUUCCACGACGUUGAGGAGCGCAAUGUGAUGCAUUCUCUACUACUCGGAAUGGCAACCAAAGAAGGGGAGGUUAAGACUUCCGAUAUCCCCCUCCGCGCGUACUCUAUCGAACAGCCGGCUGAUCGAUUCAAUGGCCAGCCGGAUACUACCCACCUACAGUUUCCCGCUGGCAGUGUAUCGGUUAUUGAUCAAGAGCACACCUUUGUCGACCAUCAGUAUGGUCCAACCAUCCUGUCAGAGCAUUUACGAGCAUUUGUAGCGACGGAAUGGGGAUCUGUGACGGAUCGUAUCAACCUUGGGCCUGGCGAGCUGAAGUUAGGUUUGGACAUCAACAACCGUACUGGCCUUAGUCUGUAUAGGCCGGGACAACCGGACUUGACCGUUUCCGUCGCCGAGAAUCUCACUGCCCCUGAGAUGCCGGACCGCUUAGCAGAUUUCAUGCAGAUUGCUAUGGUCAAACCAAUGGUUCGACGAUUUGACUUUGCGACUAUCAAAGACCUUCAUAAAUUCGAGGCAGCCGUUACGGGCUUCAGCGUACUAUACGACGGUGUUGCCACUUCUUUCGCGAUAUCACGACGCCGCAUGGUGGUUCCGAUCACUAAGAAGUGGGAAUCGACUAGGGCUCGGAUUCAAGUUGUUCGCCAUGAGAAGGUGAUACAACUGCUGGCAUUCUUGAAUGACUUCCACCACGGCAAGUGCAUGAACUUCAUGCUUAAAGGCACCGAUACUUUCGAGAACUUCAACCGCUCGGGGAAGUUUUGUGUUAAACUGUGUGAUGCGAAAUUCGCGCUACCAAAAACUGGCGAUGACCCCACGACCAAUUUUGUCUGCUUGGAUAUGCCUGAUUUUGCCAGUGAGCAUGACGACAUCUCAAUUGGCUUUGAUUCUGAGGCUGACCGAGCCAGUUUGCUGGCCGCUCUGCCAGGAUCACUUCGGGGACCCUCUCGCAUGGGGACGCUCCGGCGGUAACCACAUGACCUGUAUCUAUUGAUGACCAUGUAUUGUAUAUAUGAAAUGAAUAUCACGCAAUUGACGGCGGACCCGCCCGUGUCACGUGUCGCCCCACUUCU